CUUUGUUAUUGUCAUUCAGUUGUAAGGUCACGAUACGGAAACCAAUUUCCAAAACUUAUGAGCGGAAUUUCGUGAAAUUUGGAGGAAACUUCUUUCUUAAAUGAAGUAUGGGUCAGACUCUGUCUGAACCUGUUACUACCAAGGAAACAUCCAGCUGUCAGAACCAGUUUCUGAAGGUUGGAUCAUCAUGUAUGCAGGGAUGGAGAAUAAACAUGGAGGAUGCCCACACACACCUUCUGUCACUGCCUGGAGAUAAGGACGCUCAGUUCUUUGGUGUAUUUGAUGGACAUGGAGGUGCCAAAAUAGCUCAAUAUGCAGGGAUCAAUCUUCAUAAGAAAAUUUUGUCUCAUCCAGCAUACUCUCAGGGAAAUGUGCCUGAAGCGAUUCGACAGGGCUUUCUAGGGCUGGAUGAAGAAAUGAUCAAAGAUGAGGCCAUGAAAGAUGAGUUAGCAGGAACGACUGCUGUGAUAACAAUAUUCAAAGGCAAUACCAUUUACUGUGGUAAUGUUGGAGACUCCAGGGCUGUAGUCAGCAUAAAAGGAACAGCAGAACAAUUGUCUCAUGAUCACAAACCAGGCAAUGAGUCGGAAACAAAGAGGAUAAUUUCUGCAGGAGGAUGGGUUGAGUUUAAUAGAGUGAAUGGUAAUUUAGCACUUUCUAGAGCAUUAGGUGACUUUGUGUUUAAAAAGAAUGAGAAAAAGGGUCCAGAAGAACAGAUAGUCACAGCGUAUCCAGAUGUUAUUGAGAAUCGCAUCACACCAGAUCAUGAAUUCAUCGUGUUAGCCUGUGAUGGUAUCUGGGAUGUCCUAACUAGCCAGGAAGUUGUAGAUUUUGUCAGAGCUCGGCUAGCACAAGGAAUGGAACCAGACAUUAUUUGUGAAGAGUUGAUGACAAGAUGUUUAGCACCAGACUGUCAAAUGGGUGGACUUGGGUGUGAUAAUAUGACUGUUGUUUUGGUUUGUUUUUUAUUUGGUCAAAGUUAUGAUGACUUGGUUAAAAAGUGUGCCAAGCCUGGUGCCCGAGGGGCUUCCACUGCACAUCUCACCAGCUACCAGGCAAGCUACAAUCGUGUUGAUCUCAAGUGACACUAAGUAUCAUCAUAUGGAGCUCGAGCAAUAAUCUAUCCCUUCACUGUACGAAACAAUUUUUUCUUUUAACAACAUUUUGAUCUUUUAUUAAUACACUACUGUACUACAUUUUCAAAUCUAAAUCAAACAAAACUUGACGACCAUAAGUUAAUUUAAGUUAGGAAUGAAAGUAAAUUAUUUUUUGAAUUCAAUGAAUUGAAAGUCUCUGGCUUUGUAUAGGUAUUUUAAAUUGUAACAGUUUUGUCCUUAUCCUGUCUGGUUAUGUAGUAAAUCUAUGAACUCCAAUCUAUGAAUUGAGUGAAAUGGUUUUUUCUUCAUAGAUAUUGCAAAAAAGUCGACAGGGAUUGCUAGAUAUUGUUAUUAUAUAAGGUACCUUUUGAAUUGAUAUUGUUUAUUUGUUGAAAAAGAGCUGAUGAAAAUAUAAAAGAAAAUAUGUCAGUUGGGAAAGAAACUAUCCCUUAAGUUGUUUAAGACAUUAAGACAUGUCUGUUGAAAAUUUCCGUCUGAAUUAAAAUUGAUUUUAUAUAAUUUUAUAGAUGUUGAAGUUAUUCUAACAUUUCUUGUAAUGAAAUAUCACUAUUUGAUUUGGAACCAUAUCUUUCUAUAGCCAUUCAUUGAGUGGAAAAAAGGGUCUAUAGAUAACUGUUAGAACACAAGUCAGUGACUGUAAUGCUGUAUUACUGUAUUACUGUGCAAAGAUUUGGAAUCCUGUUUAUUUUCACUGAGUUUGGAAAUUUAUAUAAUUAGGUGAUAGUAUUUAUUUUUCUUCACAAUUGAUUGGGAUUAACAGGUUAGAAUUAUAUGUGUGGAUUAUCACAUGCUUCAUAUUUCAACAUCUGAACUGGAUCUUGAUGAUAUAUAGCAAACUUUUGGUCUCUUUCUGAAAAGAGGAAUUUUCAUUGUUAAUUUGUUAAGAUAAUUCAGGUACAUGUGUAAAUUGAUAUUAUAUAAAAUGUUCUUGCAUGCUUUUACUUCUGAAGACACUAUGUACAAAAAUUUUGUUCAACAGAUUUAUUUUGAGUACCUGGUAUGGAAAUGUUUGCUAGUAAUUCUGCUACAUAAAUUUUUGUCUCUUUGGCCGGGUCUAGUAUGCGGUCUCAGAAUCCUGUUUUUUCCCUAUUUAUCAAUAUAAUUACCAUACUUUAUGAUACCGGCCGUCCAAACUGUAAGGAAUUUCUGUUUGCUUUUUACAUAUUUUUUUUUCUUUUCUUUUUAAAAACAUGUGCAACAGAAAAAGUAAUGGUUAUUUUUUGGUGAUUUUUUAGAAUUUAGUUUUGGUGUUAAUUUCUAGAUUUGGCAGUGCGUGUUGAUGAACAAAUUGUAGAUGUAGGUUAUUGAUUGCUUAAAAAUUGUGAUAGAUUGAACAGCAGUAUAUUCUCCUGUGAUAUAGACUAGUAAUGUGAUUGGAUCCAUGUAAUCCUGUUCAGACCAAUGUUUGACGGUCUGACUCCUUGUGUAUUAAUGUGUCACCAUGGCAUCUGUUACAUGAUUAAGAUGAAUUCCAUUAGAUUAAUUCUGUGGUUACAUUGAGAUAUCAACAUCUGUCAACUGAUUUCCUGUGACUUCUCUAAAUCUUGAAUGUUUUGUUUCAAUAUUCAAAACAAUCUUAACUUAAUCUACACUUACCUGUGCUGAAAGAUUGAUAAAGCAUUAACAGAAGAUCGAUAUCUCUUAUUAAGGAGUCCAACCUACAAUUGUUUGAAAUGAAGUAAAAUCUGUCCAUUUCUUAGUCCAAAUUAUUCAAUGUUAUCUGCUUUUUAUCUGCUAUCUGUUACAGUACAUUAAAGCAAUUAACAGUCAAUCAUUCAGACUAUCCAUUUCUGAAGGACUUAUUUUCUAGAAAUGGAAAUGCUUAAUAUAUGUAUAAAUUUAGCUACUUUUAAAUAUAUAGCCCCUUUAAUAGCAUUGUUCACUAGUCACACCUGUAAGUGUACCUAAUGACGACCAGAGAUCUAGUCUGUAACAUUGUGAUAUAACAGCACUAUACACAGCUAAAUAUUUAUUCUUCAACAGUAUUAAGUCCAUUUAUUUGUUAAUUUUCGCAGCCAAUUUUAAUUUAUGGAUGGCAUAUUUUAUUCUUAUUAUUUUACUUUUGAACUGAUAUAUUUUUCAAUGAGGAACAUUGUUUUACUUUAAUCUAAAAGCAUUUACUCUGAAAACUUUCACACAUACAGUUUCUGUAGUCGAAUUCUUUAAAAUGAAAACAAUUCACUGCAAUCCUAUCCUGGUCCUUUUUGUCGAAUUAAUCUUACAAAAGCAACUUGACAAACUAUUUCUUGUCCUACUAAUACUCGGCCAUGACUUCAGAGAAUUGGAGACUACACUUGUGUAUAUUAUAUGCAUGUGCAACAAACAUUUAUGAUACCGGGUAUAAGUGUAAGUACCAGAGGCAGCUUAAACAUGAGUUUAGAUUUAUGAUUGUAAUUUUUUUUUUUUUUUUUUUUUUCUCAAGGAUUUUAGGAUACUUUUCAUUUUAAUGGUAAACUUUUUGUGUAGUUAUUAACUGUAGGGAAGUAUACAAAAAAAGACCACAAAGGGAAUAUAUAACAAGGCAAUAUUGUUGCCUACACAUCAGAAGUAAUAUAUACUGGUGUGCUAUUCAGAAAUAAAAACUUUUAAGGUAAACAAAGCAUUUUAGUCUGAAAUUGUAAAGGUGAAUUAAUAGAAAUCAAAAUUAAUUUGUCAUUCUUUAUGUGAGGAAUAAGUGUUUGAAUUCUAAGGAGAAAGUUAUGAUACAGUUUGUGUGUAUGUCAUAUUCUUGACAUAUAUUAAGUAGAAUAUAACAGUUGUAGUACUUGGGUAGUGUAACACAAGGAAAUCAAAUAGGGAUGGUCAUUAAAAGGUAUUUGAAAUGUUUUUUUUUUAUGUUAUAUGUAACCUAUAUAGAUCAUAAUCUAUAGGUGUGUUAUGUGUAUCUGUAUAAGUUAAUAAUUCAUUUUUGAAUUAUGGAGUUCCAAGUUUUAGUUUCAAACUAGUGUAUGACUUGGGUGUUUAAGUAAAUUGUUGGUAUAUACAAUUGUUUAUAUCACUGAUAUGUGUAAUUAUUGGUACUAGAAUUAUUUCUUGAUGUAGGGAUAUUCACAAGGACUUCCCAAGUCCAUGUGUUAAAUAAAUCUGUUCCUACAGUAAAUUACAUGUACACUGAUAACUUAAUUUUACAGUAAGAUUCAAGCUCAAAUCUUAGAAUUUAAGAUUAAUUGAAUUUUAGAAUUUAAGAUUAAUUGUCAACUGUUGGUUAAAAACCUUGAGUGUUUAAGAAGAAAUGCAAUACAUUGUAAAACAACCUUUUGUAAAUCUAGAAGGUGAAAUCACAACCCAACCUGAUGUCCUCUGGUAUCAAUGUUUUAUUAACUUACAAGAUGCACAUAAAAAGCAGAACCUUUUGUAAGGAAGUAAUUUCAAAAAAAAAUUCUUUCGGAGGGUGUUUUCAUUGAAGAAUAUUUCAAGAAGAAGAAAUAUUUUUCAUUACAGCACUGAUAGCAGGGCCAAGUACUAAUUGUCAAACAUGUACGCCAUUUGACCAUUUGAUCCUCACAGCUAUACACAACAGUACUGUUUGUAUGGAGUCAUCAGGAAUUGGAUGAAACAUUCAUGGCCUCAUUGUAGUGUUGUACCAAUUGUUUUAAGUUAAAUGUAAUGAAAUCGACCAAAUUUUUUGACAUACCCAUCAUGAGAGAGAUAUUAUGAAUUUUGAUUCAUCAUGAAAGGUUAAACAUUAUUUUAUGAACUACAUCAAAUAACUUUUAACCUUAAUGUAUAUACAUGUACAUGUACAAUCUAAUACAUGCACAUUGUCAAGCAAGUUAUUCUUGGAUUUUUACUCAUUUUGUGUGUAAUGACAAGUUAUUCUUGGAUUUUCACACAUUUUGUGUGUAAUGACAAGUUAUUCUUGGAUUUUCACACAUUUUGUGUGUAAUUGUUUCUGUCAAAUGAACACUUUCAGUUUCAUCAGAACCUUAGUCUAGUUUAACAAAUGUAGUCUUCCACAGUAAGUUUUAAACUAUGUUAUGGUAGUGUUAAAUAUAUUGUACACUGUUUAUACAAGUACUUCUCCAUCAGCAAUAUUCUGUUGAAAUUCUGCAUCAAUUUGGUUUUCAUCACAUGCUGGUGUACAUGGCUUUUCAUAUACCAGUACAAAGGCAGAUCUGGUCUCAGUACCAGCAACAAAAGACCAAGGUCAUUGAGUCAUCAACUGACAUUUAAUGGUCACCAUUAAUUGUUUUGGUCAUCAUUGUUAAAGGUUUAUGGUUGAAGGUACUCUAUUAGAGUGUGAGUUUGUUCAAUGAAACUAGUAGUUUAUCCUACAAGGUUGUUGACAAAAUAAUUUAUAGUUACAUAGUUGGAAUCUUGUAUCUUAUUCAUGAAAUAUUAUAGGAGAAAGUAACUAUGUAAAGUUAAAUCAUUGGUACUUAACAUUGACUCAAAAUAAGUCUUUUUUUUCUUUUUAUUGAUAACUAAUUAUUUGUUAUUUAAUAACAUAAUUAUAAUUUAAAUAAUGUAUUUUUGCACUAUAACUUUACCAAUCUUUGUGACACAGAUGUACUUAAAACAUCUUAAACACAUUCACCCAUUAUACAUCUGUCUUUGUAUGCUAAUAUAUAUAUUGUUUCUUGAUUACCUUGGGCAAGGUGAAGGUCAUGGCCAGACCAAACAAAAAAACUAUCUAAUUAUCAGCUGUUAGGAAGAUUUCCUUGUAUUUGGGAGAAGGGAUAUUCUAAGAUACGUAUAUUGAUUUCAAGUGGUGUACCUGGUAUCUUCAUAAUAUGUUAGGAAUUAUCAUUGGCUGAUUGGUUACUUUUGCAAUAGUCGAUGGAUGUGUUCAACCUCUUAUUAUAGAAAAAAUGAUGCUCCACAUACUAUUGAAGCCUCAUCUCAUUAUCAAUGGAGACCAUAUACUGAUGUGCAUAUAAAAAGUCCAUAUGCCAUCUUUAUCAAAGGAAGUAUUGAAGGAGAGCAUAACAAAUUAUUACUAUGAAAAUAAACAUUUAAUUCUUUAUGAUUUUUUCAAGUACCUGUGUAUGUACUUUGUAACUUGCACAAUUAGAUUUCAAGCGUUAAGUUAUAGUUGGUAUGUUCAUUUUACUUAAUAUAGUCUAUUUUUGUUGCUGUUGAUGACAAAACUAAAAAAAAUAUACUAUUAAAUAACAAUUGUACUAUACCAAAAUGUGAUAAUCUUUAAACCUACCAGUGUUUACAAGUAAUAUUUUUCUGAAUGAAAUACAUUCCAAAACUCUCAAUAUAAAAUUUGAAUUUGAAAAUUUAGUAUCUUCUAAAAAAAAAUUCUUUUCUUUUUACUACAGUAACAGAAUUUUUAUUCAGAUGUUCUCUUCUACUGUUUCUGGUUAAGUGAACCUAGGUAUAUACAGAUAUAGCAUUUAAUUUUCUGGCUUUAAUACAAGAUUUGUUCUCAAUGUUUCACAUCCGUUUCACUUAAUUGAUAUUAUUGAAUUGUUCAUGUUGAAUAUAGGACACUAACAAUAUGGAACAGUCAUAGACUUAAGUUAUGAAUUAUAGGGCUAAUUUUAUAAAUGCUUGCUAAUUUUCAUUGCUUAGGAAUUUUGUACAGAUAACAGAUGCUUUUAAUUACUAAUUAAGGGUUUUGUAGGAAAUUUGAUAUUUUUAUUCAGUACAUUUUUUAAUAAUAAUUAAUAUAGAAUGAAACCUCAGUCCAUCCUUUCUAUCCAUCCAUAAAAAUUGAAUUAUCACUUAAAUGUAAUUAUUAAUAUUUUCAGUUUUCUUUAUACUUACGUAUGCCUGAAUCACUGUUGGUUUUAUGUAAAUAUUACCAGAAGAAUACAUCUAAUACUACAAAUGUAUGAGCAGAUGUUAUUAAUUGGUAAGUCACAUGCUUAUGUUACAUUUGUAUAGUAUAUUUGUACAGUUAAAAAGAAAUGUAGAACAUCUUUAAUCUUGGUUAUGAUGAUAUGAAAAGGUCCAAAAAAGGAUGCAAAAUCUGGUAGUUUUACUAGAAAAAAUGUUUUUCUUUCAAAGAUAUUAGUGCCAAUAUCUUGUCACUUUUAAUCUAGAUUUUGGAGUUCUACAGAAUCCUGUACUCAUAAAAUUUGAUGGGCCUCAAUAAUUUUUGGAAAUAUCAUAGUUAUUAUUAUAAAACGGUUUUUUUUCAACAGAAUUUCGUUUUUUCUAAAUUAUAUUUGGAAACAGUGCUUUAACAAUCAAUUAUUUGAAUUAUGAUUUAGAAUUGUUUCAUUGAGCAGAACAUAAAACAAAGACUCCCGAUAAAUUUGAUAUUUAUAGGAAGUAUAACUUCUUUGUUGUGUAAAUUUUAAAGUUAAUUUGGAAGUGUUCUAGGUAUAUACAUUGUAUAUGAAUCCGUUUAUUCAUGUGAUGUUAGUUAUUGCAUGGUUAUAUAGGAAAUCAAUUUCCUUGUGUGAAUGAUUUGUACAAUUGAUAUCGAAGCAUGUUAUAGGUGUACAUUUUUAGAAAAUACGAAUGGUUUUUAUUUAGAAAAUAAGUGCCAAUAUUGUGCUAUUUGGUGAAAAUGACUCUCCUGACCUUUUUCGUCAAGAUGUUGUUUUAUAAAUUGUAAGAGAUUGUACAGUUGGUCUUUAUCUUUGACUAAAAUCAGUCAUGUACUGGUCUUAACUUGAUGUUUACAAAUAUUAAGCCUCUGUAAUAUGUUUUCUUUGUUGUUGUGUGUUUGCGAUUUCUUGUUGAUGUACGUAACAUGUGAUAUUUGGUGGACUUUCAGACUAAGAGGAAGGUUAUUGAAUUAGAGGAAUUCAAAGAAGUAACUAAAAAUGAAAAUUUAAUACAAACAAAAUUGUUUUUCUCUCCUGAACAAGACAUUCAAUACCGAUUUUUUAAUAACAUUUUAUGUGAAGCAUUACAUAUUUUUUGAGAAUAAAGUUCCUUUUCAUACAGAUAACCCUAUUAAAUAUUUCAUGAAUGUCAUGUUCUUUUCAGAAUUUUGUGUUUCCUUGCCAUAGCUAGCUAAAUAUAUUGGCUGUAAAUCACUUAGAUUUUGCAAAUACUUUAUUUCGCAAACUUCUCUCUUUAAGAUUUAUUUGGGAAUACAUAAUUCUGCAAAUGCUGAUCUAGAAAUGACUUUGAAUUUGUGAAUGAUACACUGUGAGAGUCAAGGACACCACAUUAUUACUACAACGGUAACUGAUAGCUUGCCCUCCAACCAACAGUGUACAAAAAAUCAUGGAGUUGAUUUCCCGAUUGCCUGUCCUUGCAUAUUAACUCAAAAAUAUAUCUCAGGCAAAAUAUAAGUGAUUUACAAUACAAAAAUUUAGAUAAAUAUCCUUCAAAUUUGAUAGGUAAUUAUCUAAACACAUUCAGUGGAUCAAAAUUCUAACAAAACUGUUUAUAACAAACAUUUCUGGUUAUACUGAUACACAAUUAUAUAUCUACCUGCAAGUUGUUUGUCAUUUUUUCUUCUCCUUUUUUUCUCUCCAAAUCAAGCAAUAGUUUUCCGAACAGAAAAUAGUAACAUUUUCCCAUCAAUAUUCAAGGGUAUUUACCAUAGCAUUGACAUACAGACACACUCUGGUACAUGAGACAUUGUAUACCUUACAGGUCAAACACUGUCCAGGGUCAAGUUGACGGACUAGACACUUUAGUAAAGGAGGCAACUGUACAGCUGUUGUAUAGUUCACCAGGUGUAAUUGUGGAUGUUUAGUAGAAAAUGUUGUAAUGCUUUUUGAAUUGUUGCUUCAUUGCAUGUCUUCAACUACUCCUUUAUGUAUCGCACUACACUACCACAACAGGUAAACAUAAAAUCUUAUCUCCCUUGACCCAUUAGGAAAAAGAUGUGUACGGUACUUCAUUAUAUGCAAUACCAAGAGAAAUUGUCAUAAUAAUAAUUAUAAUGUCAUGUUGUCUGUAUAAGGUAAUUUCCUUCUGAUUGCGGUCUAUGAGUGGUGUCAUUAAUUAUACUAUGAAUGACAACAGGAGAAAUCCCAUUUUAAUAACUAGAUUAUUUGUCCGAGAAGCUUCCAGUGUCUUCCUUUUGAUUACUUUCUGUUUGGAUAUACAAAAUGUAUUCUGCCUUCAAGCACAGCACUGUCCUGCUGCAGCUAUAGUUCCACUUUUGUGAUAAGAAAUGGUUUACGAGAAGGAAAAGUUACUCUUUUGCACUGCAGUGGAAGACUCUUUGUUAUUUUAACUAUUUCUAAUAUUUAAGAGGAUCUUUACAAUUUCUAUUUUGAUCAGUGCUUGUAAUUCUGGUAACAACCAAUUUUACUUACACCAACUCAGUUUCGACUACAUAUCAGCCAUCUUUCUGAGUAUCGAACGUCAGCUGUCUUUCUCAAAUUGGUUGGAAUUUUGAUAAUUGUCAAAGUUGAUGCAAGUAAAAUAGGCAGUUAGCAGAAAUACCGGCAUAUAUGAAUUAAUUCCAGCUGGAGAAAAAUUUCUUAAAAUUGAUGUAUAUGCAAAACCGACAAGUCCAGUUUAUCCUGGUAUGUUGUCUGGGUCAGAAUGUUACUGCAUAGGUUAUGAUAUAUUGACAUUUUACAAUCCAAACCAAACCAGUACUUCCAUUUGUAUGUUCUUGGUUGCUUGGCAAUAUCUGUGUUGAAUAGGAAUUAUUAUUGUUUAGGUAUGUUCCUCAUAUACUUGUUUUAAAAUAUAUAUUCCAAUACCAGUAAUUUGCAAUUUGCAUUUUUAUCCUGAAAAUACUUCUGAUCAACCCCCCCCCCCCC